AACUGGACUGCAUUGUCUCUCUUACGCCUUUAGAGCCACAGAUUCCCAAGGCAGUAGCAAAUAGCAAUUGCAAGAGAUGGGUGGCUCUGGGAAUUUUCUCCAAGUUAUAGCAAAAAACUUUGAUGUUCUUGCCCUGCCUGUUGUCACUCUUGUUUAUCCUCUAUAUGCUUCAAUAAAGGCUAUAGAGACCAAGUCCCCUACUGAUGACCAGCAAUGGCUUACAUACUGGGUUUUGUAUUCAAUGAUCACACUCUUUGAACUUACUUUUGCCAAAGUCUUGGAAUGCCUGCCAAUUUGGACAUAUGCUAAGCUAAUAAUGAUAUGUUGGCUGGUGCUGCCAUGCUUCAAUGGAGCAGCGUAUGUGUAUAAGAACUUCAUUAGACCAUACUACUUGAACCCACCACAAGCUUCUCAGAUGUGGUACAUUCCAAGGAAGAAGAACAUCUUCAGGAAGCAAGAUGAUGUUCUUACUUCUGCAGAGAAGUACAUUGAAGAGCAUGGACCAGAGGCCUUUGAAAGGCUUUUGAGCAAGGCUGACAGAGAAGAAAGGGGCAGGAGGAGCAACAAUUACAUGAUCUUUGAUGAUGAUUAUAUUUAUAAUUAACCUUAAAUAUUUGGUCUCCCAGUUUCUCUGUCUUGCUUAUUUUAUAAUAUCACAAAGCCUUGGAGUUGCAUGUCAUGUAAUGAAAUAUUAAUGUGCCCUACCUUAGUCCAGAACUUUAUUUGUUCUU